AUGUGUGGCACAAUAACAUCGAUUUCUUUGCCUGAUCUCGGUGCGUGUAUUGGGCAAUGGAAAUUAAUCGACGAUAUCAAAACUCAAGUCAGCAUUAAUUGGCAAAUAUUUCCUCUGGCAAAUAUAUUCCUUGUUGGAUUUCAACCUAGUCUUGUAGAACAAGGUUAUUGGUAUGCGUUUAGUAUUCGCUUGUCACCGGAAACACCUCUCGCCGAAAUCGUCUACGUUCUUCAAUGGCCUGCCAACGACUCGCAACUCUCUUGGAAUAUAUUUAAUAUAACCAAAACGAAUGUCACCAUUAUAGGUCGCAUUCCAUCCAUCAUCAAUCAAUUUCAAAGUUGGAUCACAUCUGGUUCUCUUGUUGUUCAACUAACAUUGAAUACCAGUGAUAUCAUGUCAUUUUUCAAUGGUAAUAAAUGCUUUUAUAUUGUCUAUAUGCGAGGACAAUUUUAUGGUAAUCAACCGUUACCUCCUGAUGACAUUAUUCUUAAUAAAUCAUUAUGCAUUUCCUGUCAAGUAGUUAAUAUAAUGCCGACAGUCAAUCUUAAUAACACAACAUAUACCACGAUAACACGUACACUGCCACCAUUGAGUUCGGCCGUGGAUGUUUCAACCAUCGGUAGCACUGCCACUUCAGGUGAACCUGGUUCGAUUCUUUUCUCGAGUACUGCUACUGUGAGCUCGCAGUUACCGCAAAAUUCGGUUGUUGCAUUUAUAAGUAAUGGAUUGGCAAAUGUAAGCAGCUCCAAUAGCAGCCUACUUCAAUUUGAUCCGGCAUCGAAUAAUCUAACGAAUGCGCCGGCAGUCAUACUUACAACGUCCAGUGAAUCCAUAACUAAUGUUGAUAAUACUACAAUCGCUUCAAGAGCAAGUACAUUGACGGCAGUCAUAUCAUCACCAGGUAUUUCAACCAACAAAAAUGUCUUUCCAACAGACGAAACAACUGGCACUAUUUACUCUUCGACAGCUGGUUCGCUUGCAACUACGCAGUCUCCGUCAGGCGGCACAGUUGGCAAUAGUGGCUCUUCCACAGUAGUCUCAACCAAUACUACAGAAGCUGUAACAUCAGCUUCAAUUGGAAGCAUUUUCUCUUCGACAGCUGGUUCUCUUGCAACCACUCAGUUUCAGUCAGGCGGUACAGUUGGCAAUAUUGGCUCUUCGACGGUUGGUUCUCUUGCAACAACUCAGUCUCAGUCAGGCGGUACAGUUGACAAUAUUGGCUCUUCGACGGUUGGUUCUCUUGCAACCACUCAGUUUCAGUCAAGCGGUACAGUUGGCAACAUUGGUUCUUCGGCAGCUGUUACUCAAUUAAGUAGUGCGUCUUCGCUAAGUAAUUCAACUGCCAACGGUGGUAUUUCUAUGAGUGUUUCAAUUGCAAACAGCCACGCUUCGACGGUUGUUUCAACCACAACUAAUGGAUUAUCUUCCGCUCCUUUAAUUACGAGCAAUGGUUAUGCGACAACUAUUUUAACAGCAAACAGUAGUUCCGCGUCAGGUCAGUUAAAUAAUUGUGUCAAUAUCAUUGCGUUAAAUUGA